AUGAGAAGUUUAGAGGUGGCAGGAAUUCUAAUGAUUCCACUGCUAAUUUGUGGUAUGUUUGGGAAUUUACAACUGAUGAUUGUUACUUGGAGACACAAACAGUUGCAACAUCGCAAUGGCAUACUGGUUGCAAUUAUUGCCUGCAUGGAUUUCAUAAGUGAAUUACAUGAAAUGAAGGAUGCGAUUGAAAUAAACUCUGGUUUAUCUCUGAUGCGACGUGAAACAUGCUUCCCCACAAUCUUCUUGUACAGCUAUUCUUUUAAUAUGGCCUGCGUAGCAAUUCUUUCUCUAGCCAUUGAUCGUCUUCUUGCCGUUUUGUCACCUGUAAGAUACAGGACGAUGCAGAGUAAGCGCUAUAUUUAUUCAACAAUAAUAAUUGGUUUUAUCUAUUCAACACCAUUUGUUGUCCUUGGCUUUUUUCUCGCUGAUGACGAGCUCGUUGAGCCUUGCAAUCUGCCACUGGCAUAUACAGAGCCUUUAAUGAAAGCUUGGAAUUAUCCCUAUGUUACCAUUGCUUUUCUUAUUAUUAUCCUAAAUAUUGUCAGUUAUUUCGUCAUGCAGAGUGCUGUAAGGAAGCAAGAUAUGAGUAAGGCCAGUGUUUCAUCAUUUACGUGCCUACUCGUAAUCAUAAACUACGGCAGUAACUACUAUGUUUUAUUUUGGCGUAACCGCGAUUAUCGAUCAAUAUUUUUGAAUCAGCUUAAUUUGCACAACAAAAAAAAUGUGGUAGGCGCUACGCAGAUCACGGACAUACGAACCAAAACUUAUAAAUCCGAAAAAGUGGCAAAUCCCCAUAUGUACAAAUAA